AGAUUAGACUUCAGAGUCCCGGGGUUGUUGGUGCAAACUUUUCACUCUCUCUCUCUCUCUCCCCCUCUGCGUGUCUAUAAAAGUGGGAAGCGCAGACUGCUUACUGCGCGACAACAACCACACAUUCCCUUCUAUGUGUUGUGUUGUGCCCCCCCACUUCUCUCCCUCUAUCCCACUUUUCUCAUUUCUUUUCUACUAAAUCUAAAUCUGGAUCUGGAUCUGAAUAAAUAUAGCUUAAGGUGUCAGUUGUGAGUUAACCAAAUUACUACUACAUAAAGCUGAAGCAUAUUUGUUGUCGGUUCAAAUCAGAAGCGGACAAAGAUGAAGGUGAUUGAGAAGAUCCAGGAAGGUGUUGGGAACGACGGGAAGGUAGUUUUCUCCUUCGAGUUCUUCCCGCCCAAGACCGACGAUGGUGUGGACAACCUCUUUGAGAGAAUGGACCGUAUGGUCGCCCACAAUCCCACUUUCUGCGACAUCACCUGGGGCGCCGGUGGCUCCACCGCCGAUCUUACCCUCGAAAUCGCCAACCGUAUGCAGAACAUCGUCUGCGUCGAGACCAUGAUGCAUCUCACCUGCACUAACAUGCCCGUCGGGAAGAUCGACCACGCUCUCGCCACCAUCAAAUCCAACGGCCUCCAGAACGUCCUUGCUCUCCGCGGUGACCCCCCUCAUGGCCAGGGAAAGUUCGUGCAGAUCGAGGGCGGCUUUGCCUGCGCACUCGACCUCGUGAAACAUAUCAGAGCUACCUACGGUGACUACUUCGGCAUUACAGUUGCCGGUUAUCCAGAGGCACAUCCCGAUGCAAUAGGAAGUGAUGGCGUGGCUACGGAGGAAGCUUAUCACAACGAUCUCGCUUAUCUCAAGAGAAAGGUCGAUGCAGGAGCCGAUCUAAUUGUUACUCAACUGUUCUAUGAUACUGAUAAUUUCCUCAAAUUUGUGAAUGAUUGUCGCCAAAUUGGGAUAACCUGCCCCAUUGUUCCUGGAAUUAUGCCCAUUAAUAACUAUAAGGGAUUCAUCCGCAUGACUGGUUUUUGUAAAACAAGGAUACCUGCUGAAAUUACUGCUGCCUUGGAGCCAAUUAAGGACAAUGAAGAAGCUGUCAGAUCAUAUGGAGUUCAUCUUGGGACUGAAAUGUGCAAGAAGAUUUUAGCUCAUGGAAUUAAGACAUUGCAUCUUUAUACAUUAAACAUGGAGAAGUCAGCCUUGGCUAUAUUAAUGAAUCUUGGUUUGCUUGAAGAGACCAAAAUAUCGAGGUCUUUGCCUUGGAGACGCCCAGCAAAUGUUUUCCGUGUCAAGGAAGAUGUUCGUCCAAUUUUCUGGGCUAAUCGUCCAAAGAGCUACAUAACGAGGACUAUAGGCUGGGACCAAUACCCACAUGGGCGAUGGGGUGAUUCUCGUAAUCCAUCAUAUGGAGCAUUAGCUGACUAUCAGUUCAUGCGGCCACGUGCACGUGACAAGAAACUUCAGGAUGAAUGGGCUACACCUUUGAGUAAUAUUGAAGAUAUUCACGAGAAAUUUAAGAAAUUCUGCCUCGGAAAAUUGAGAAGUAGUCCCUGGUCAGAAUUAGACGGGCUUCAGCCAGAAACACGAAUCAUAAAUGAACAGCUAGGGAAGAUUAAUACGAAGGGUUUCCUUACCAUCAAUAGCCAACCUGCAGUCAAUGGCGAAAAAUCUUCUUCCCCAUCUGUUGGAUGGGGUGGGCCUGGAGGGUAUGUUUAUCAGAAAGCAUAUGUAGAGUUUUUUUGCUCAAGGGAGAAAUUGGAUGCACUCGUUGGCAAGUGCAAGGAUUUCCCAUCUCUAACUUACAUGGCCGUAAACAAAGAAGGGAGCUGGAUAUCUAACUCUGGCCAGACUGAUGUAAAUGCUGUAACAUGGGGAGUCUUCCCAGCAAAGGAGAUCAUCCAACCAACUGUUGUGGAUCCUACUAGUUUCAUGGUGUGGAAGGAUGAGGCCUUCGAAAUCUGGUCAAGGGGAUGGGCUGGCUUAUACCCAGAGGGUGACGCUUCCAGAAAAUUGCUUGAAGAGGUCCAGAGCAGCUAUUUCUUGGUCAGCUUGGUAGACAACGAUUACAUCCACGGUGAUCUUUUUGCUGUUUUUGCAGGCUUCUGAGGCGAGCUGCAUUUCUUCCCUUCUUUCUCAAAGCCUAUACUAUCCACUUCAAAGUGGUGCUUUUCUUGAGUGAGAUUAUAUAAUUUUAUUGUUGGAAUGUGUCAAAGUUGUAUUCUAAUUGCUUUAUAAUAAUAAUAAUUCAUUGGGGGUGGUUUGAUACCUCCCUUGCUUUGGUAA